UACGGCUGGGACAGCAUGACUACCUCCAGGGAGGGACGGGACUACCUCAGCAGCCAAGUGUCCCAGAGCAGCUCCCUGGAGGAGGUUCGUCUGGACGGGCUCCCCCCUGCCCCUCGCCUGGUGGAGAUGAGACGAGACCCCAUCCUGGGCUUCGGCUUUGUGGCCGGCAGUGAGAAACCAGUCGUCGUCCGCUCUGUCACACCAGGUGGUCCGUCAGAGGGGAAGCUGAUACCAGGCGAUGAGAUCAUCAUGAUCAACGAUGAGGCAGUCAGUUCAGCUCCCAGAGAGCGAGUCAUCGACCUCGUCAGGAGCUGCAAAGAAUCCAUCAUGUUGACUGUUGUCCAGCCAUAUCCUUCCCCUAAAUCAGCGUUCAUCAGUGCAGCCAAAAAAGCCAAGCUCAAGUCCAAUCCGGUCAAAGUGCGCUUUGCAGAGGAGGUCAUUAUCAACGGCCAGGUUCCAAACUCGGUGAAGGACAAUUCUCUGCUGUUCAUGCCAAAUGUCCUGAAGGUCUACCUGGAGAACGGGCAGACCAAGUCUUUUCGCUUCGACAGCAGUACCUCGAUCAAGGAUGUGAUCCUGACCCUCCAAGAGAAGCUGUCAAUCAAAUGCAUCGAGCACUUCUCCCUCGUGCUGGAGCAGAGGACAGAAGGCUCUGGUAGCAGACUGCUUCUCCUGCAUGAACAGGAGAUGCUUACUCAGGUGACCCAGAGGCCCGGCUCUGACAAGAUGAAGUGUUUCUUCAGGAUCAGCUUUGUGCCCAGGGACCCCGUGGAGCUGCUCCGGAGAGACGCUGUGGCGUUUGAAUACCUCUACGUUCAGAGUUGUAACGAUGUGGUUUUGGAACGGUUUGGCCCGGAGCUGAAGUACGACGCUGCGCUCCGAUUGGCCGCACUGCAGAUGUACAUCCUUACCAUGACAACCAGACAGAGCCAGAAGGUCUCACUCAAAUACAUCCAAAAAGAGUGGGGUCUGUCGCUGUUCCUGCCCCCCGCUGUGCUGUCCAGCAUGAAGGAGAAAAACAUAAAGAAGGCGCUGACGCACAUCCUCAAAACCAACCAGAACCUCGUGCCUCCAGGGAAAAAACUGACUACUUUGCAGGCCAAGGUGCACUACCUGAGGUACCUCAGUGAGCUCAGACUUUACGGAGGGAGGGAAUUCAAAUCAAUACUUUUGCAGGGGGAAAAACAGACUGAUGUGACACUGUUGGUGGGCCCACGUUACGGCAUCAGUCAUGUGAUCAAUGCCCGGACAAACCUAGUUGCCCUAUUGGCUGACUUCAGCCACGUCAACCGCAUCGAGAUCCUAACUGAGGACGAGACCAACGUGCGACUGGAGCUGCACGUUCUGGAUGUCAGGCCCAUCACACUGAUCAUGGAGUCCAGUGAUGCGAUGAACCUGGCCUGUCUAACAGCAGGCUACUAUCGCCUCCUAGUGGACUCAAGGAGAUCUAUCUUCAGCAUGGCCCACUGCAACAGCACUGGAGGGGAUGAAACUGGUCAAGAUCGUGUCCUGGAGUGGCCAUAUAGCACAUCUUUGGAGGACAGCGAGGAGCCAUCACCCAGCCAAGGCGAAGUUUACAACAGGGACUAUUCAGACAAUGAGCAGAGAGAAAACAGCAUCUCCUCUUACUUCCCUGAAAGCCAGCACCCUGACAGAGACCUCGGAGCGAGGAGAAGUCCAUUGCCCCCUCUUCCUCCCCCUUCCAUAAGACACAAACCUCAGGACUCACCUCGGAGCGCCAAAGUGUCAUUCAUUUUUGGGGGGGGUGCUGCUCUGAGCAACCCUAAGAGCUUACACUACAAAAGACUGUUGGAGAGCCCUGAUAUCCCUGAGCAAAGACCCCCCUACCUGCACAACAACAUGGACGUCCGCCCACAAGAUGAGGUGCCGUUUCAGUAUAGUGGUCGGCCACACGUGUACAGUAACAUUGGUGGUGAGGAAUGUGGUGAAGAGCCAUUGCUAAGAGACUUGUGUUAUGCUGAUACAACUGAUGAUGCAGAGGAUGAGGAUGAUGCCUCCUGUGAGGAAGAUUCCACAGGGGGUACAACAGUGGUGGAUGAGAGAGGGGGUGCCACUGCAGCCAGCAAGGCCACCUUCUUGACACUUUCCGGCUCUACUGAUGACAUCAUUGACUUGACAUCACUGCCUCCUCCAGAGGGAGAUGAUGGCAUUGACGAUGAUGAAGAUGACACACUGUUGCAGACACUCAACCUUGCAAUCGCAGCUCCUCCGCCAGGAUUUCGGGACAGCUCAGAUGAGGACACAGCACCUGAAGGAAGGCCAUUAAGCACGCGUGACAAUGAUGACAUACCAGUGUCGUUAAUUGAUGCUGUACCAACACAUGGGGAGGGGGAAGGUAGCAGGGGAGGGGAGGGGAGGCUAGAUAACGUAGUGGUCAACACUCUGCAGGCGCUUGAGGCUCUGUCUGUCUCUGAGCAGAGGCCCCCUCGGCCACAGCCCCACAGUAGCAAUCCAGGUGUUUUGAUAUCUCGAGGCUUCAGCCCUGAGUCCUCCUCAGAUUCAGGUAAUGAGACCAACUCCUCCGAGAUGACUGAAAUCUCUGAACUGGCUGCUGCUCACAGGCACAAUGACAGUCACAUGCGCCUUUUGGUGGCCACUAGGGAAGGAUACCAACCUUUACUUGAGGAAAAAACAGAAUUUCCUGUUUCACCCAAUUCAGGAGGAACUAUGCAGAAGAAGCCCCGUAGUCCUUCACAACACAGCCUUCAGCCUCCAGCAGUACCUCCAAGACGGAGCCCCCAGUUGGACACUUCGUCAUCAGGGCCAGACAGCAUGGACGUGAGGUCCCAAACUAACCUCUCCUCCACUGUCCAGCGCCCCAGCUCCACCACACCAGGAGGAAAACAUCAUAAAAAGUCUGUGAACUCUAAUACAAAAUAUAAUACCUUUAGCACAAGAGAAGGGCACCGAGAGGGGAACGGUGGCAGCAGUAGCCAGCUUAACACUGAACUCCGCACUUCAUUCUGUGAGCGAGGAGAAAUUCAAAGAAGAGCUAGUUCUUAUUUUUCAGAGAAUGCUGUAUCUGAGGGCCUUGGGGUGAACAGUCUCCCCCGAAGCCAUCAAAGUGUCCCUCGCACUCCUUCUUCUACCUCUGACCAUCUGUUAGAUGUAGCCAAGUUGGGGGAAGGUGCCACAGAUAAUGGGGCUUCUGCUGUUGAGCAAGAUGAACACCUGGUGGUGGCAUCAUUGCUGUCCCCUACUAAAAACCCCAGGUCAGGUGGGUCAGAUCAGGGGUCAGAUAUUCAAAAUGACCAUCAGCCUAUUUCAAGACAGCAGAGCGUGGCUCGGCUGUGUGAGUACCAUCUAGCAAAAAGGAUUUCAAGUUUACAAGGAGAAGCCCACAGUUCCCUUCAGGGUUCUCUGUGCUCAUCUCUAGAUGCUGGGGGCAGCACAAACAGUAGUGCUUGUGCCACCCCAACUGACUCACCACUUGGCCCUGGCACAGUUGAGUCUAAACACCACCAUCUCCAACGGCACCCACUUUCUAGCUCCUCUUCCUCACUGCUCAGGGUGCUCAACUAUGAAGAUAACAAGUCUGGAAUCCCCCACAGCAUCCCUGGCCAGAACAUUCAGGGUAAAGACCUCCACCCGCACGCAGACCCAGUUCUUUUACGGAAGAUGCUGCCAAACAUCCACCAGCCUGCUGCUGGGGCUGAACAAGGCCGGCCAUCCUCUGCUACACCAUCUAAGCAUAAAGACACUACAGGUACUGCAAGCAGGAGGCUUCACAAUGAUUUGCAUGCUAAACAGCAGGCAUGUUUGAGGGGAUUGAACCAAAAGGAAGGCAGUGAGGCCUAUAGACAGCUGAUUAACUAUCUGACAGUCAGCCAAAUGCAUCAGGGAGGGAAGCUUCACAGUGCGGGCAUGGGAGGGGCAGUGAAAAAAGACACUAGGCGCUAUAUCACCAGUAACCCCCAGCUGGUAGAGAUGGUUAAGAAUAGAGGAAACACUGUUGCUCGGUGCCCCUGCAUGCCUUCAUCCAUGUCCUCCCCCUUCCUCAGCCCUAAUUUAGCCAACACCACCUCCCUGUUGCUGGCAAAUAAAAGUCCCCGGCCAUAUCACUCAGCCACACUCCCUGCCAAGCUCAAGAGGAGUCCUGAUUUGCAUGCUCAGAGACCAAGAGACAAUCUAGAGGUAAGACCAGUUGGUACUGAGAGGAGGAGUUCCUUUUCUGGUCUGGAGAGUGAGCUAGAGCGGGGUGCUAUGGACCCAGAACACUUCCUGUCUCUGUGUAAGAGAGAGGGAAGCACCAUCCGUGAUGGUGGACUUAUCACAGGUGGUAACCGUGAGGGUGGAGGUACUGCCCACCGUCCCCCGCCUCGUUCAAGAAGCCAGCCUAGUGGCAGCACAGAGGACUGGUUAAAACCUGAGCUGAGGACAAAGCAUGCAGUCCGCCAGUCCACUCAUCCUCGCUCCAGUGAUUCUCUGUGUUUCUCUACUGUCCCCAGUUUAGCUGGCCAACGAACAGAGCUCAACAGCAUCUCUCUAGGUAGGGGAGACCACCCGUCUGCUUUUACCAGGCAGGCGUCUACAGGCUCUAGAGCCUGCAUCACGUCUCCAACCCCAAACCUACACUGUCCCCCUCCACCACCUCCUGUACCACCUCCGCCUUCUUCUUCAUCAUCUCUGUCAGUGCAAGCCAACACCAUCUCCAGUAACUCAAGCACCCUGCCUAAACAGGACUCUGUCCAUUCCAUCCAGUACCGGCAGAAUCAGAACCACAUUCAGGCUGUCACCCCAACCCUGCCACCAACAGAUCUCCUUAACAACAGCCUGCAGCGGGGUCGGGAGCUGAAACGCAGCUCCAGUAAUGUGACUGCUGGUUCUGGUAGUGUGGAGGUUCUGUUUGACAAGCCCAGCCGAAGCCGGAGCCAGCAACCCUUGUUGACACCCGUGGCCCAACAAAGCGAGACCAAAGUCCAGAGGAGGCCAACAAGGAAGCGGCUCUCCAAGAGCUACUCCCAGGGCUCUGUGUCCUCCCAGACCACAUGUUGGUCGACAGGCAACAGGGGAGACAGUAGAAGGGCAUCUGUGGCAUUUCCCUUACAAAAAGACAGUAAACACAUGAAGGGCUCUCAAAAACUGGACACCAGUCCCUGGAGAUGCAACGGGCCUUUCAGCUACUGUUUCUUCAAGAGGAAGAGUGAGGGUGAAGAGGAUGAGAUUGAAUGGGAGAAGCCCAGGCGGAGCCGUGGUGGGAGUGAUAUUGAUAAUGAAGGUGGUGCAGCAUCAGCGACGUCUUCCUGUGGCUCAGCAGUGGAUGCGGCCGGGGACCAGCUAUAUGGAGAGGUCCUCAAUAACAUGAGCUUCAGUGACCGUCUGGCACGGAUCAAUGCCCUCAAAGACCGCAUGUACAUUUUCCCUGCUGGCUUUUCAGAUGUUCGUCGUGAUGCCAGCGAGCUCAUUGCACUGGUGCGAUCCAGCGUCGGUCGCAGGGAUCGUGGGAUCCAGAUGCCUCAGAUCCAGGAUUUAUCCCAGUACAAGCAGCUCCUUUCUAUUGAGUCGAAGGAAUUAGGCCGGGCAUGCAGGAGAAUGGCACAGGCCCACGGUAGCCCUGAGGAGAUGCUGCUGGCCGUAACCUGUAGCUUUCAGGUGCUCUGCUGUCUCUGUGAAGCUUGUAUGUGUUUGGUUCGGGGGCUCGGAGUCUCAGCCGCACACCAACAGAGAGAGGUGGUGGCUAAGGUUGAUGAGGUUGUUAUGAACUACAUCUGUCUGCUCAAAGCGGCUGAGGCGGCCGCCGUGGGAGCACCAGGAGAACACAGCGUGAAAGCCCUGGUCCGCCACUCCAGUACCAUGUCGGCCAUCGCUAACGCACUCACCCGCUCCCUUAAAACGCUGCUUAGCAAGUAGAGGCCAUUUAUUAUGCUUUUUGGCCUUGCCUACGCAGUCAGAAGAAGUCUGCCUGUAAGCAUCUUUUUAUUUUUCAUUAAGGCUAAUGAGAGUCAGAUUCUUAUUAAGAUCUGGGCUAUUUACAUAUUAAAAUGUGCUGGAUUGCUUGUACUUAGAUAUGAAAUUUAUAUGACUCAAAUUCAAAAGAUGAAGAAGAUGCUGAAAGGCAGUGUUCACUGACUGCACUUGCUAUUUCUGAUGACAAUAUUGUAAUGUAUAUUUACAAAGCCAUACUGUCACAGACCUUUGUAAAAUUGACAUGUACCUAAUAGAUAACCUUUUACUUGUGCAUAAUAUAACUUAUUUAAAAUGUAUUAAAUGUACAGAAACACAAUACAAAUAUAUUAUUUGCUGUAGCAUUUUAAGGAGGCAUUUAAGGAGUAUUCUACUGAAUUUAUUCUUUGAUAUAUCAUUCAACAAAGUUGAAGUGAAUUCACUUUCAGCUCAGUCAAUUCAUAAAGUGCAAUUCCACAGUAGUUCAGUUGUUGAAAAGAAAAUGCUUAGACAAUUUUGCCAUUGGUUGCUGUGGUUUAAGAUCAUGCAAAAUUCUAUCACAGAUUACUUUUUGAAUGAUUGUACAUCAAGUGAAUUGAUUUCAGUUUUGUGUCAUUGCAAUGCAGCUUGUGGAAAGCUGAGAGGAACAUUUAUUAGAAUUACAGGGACACUAAAAUUGCACUGCAUUUAGUACUGCUUCAUAUUGUAACACCUUAUUUAUUUUGACUUUUUAAGACAUAUAAAUAAGCCGUAAAUAACAAACUAAUAGCAAAAAAUAUAUAUAUCAAAAAUUUAGGAAAUAUUGGGAUUCUAUAAUGAACAAUUAAGAUUGAGCACUGUGUUACUGUUAUAUCUAAUUAUUUUUAAGUCUUUGUGUUUUAUUAUCUGUUUUGGAAUAAGUUGUGUGCUUGAAUGAUUUAUUACUCCACACCAUGUAUCAAGAUGCAUUUAAAUCUCUUGAGAAUAACAUUAAAUUCAUUUUUUUUUUCAAUAGUCCA